AUGGAUGCUUCACACCAGGGCAGUUACCGCUGUCUCUACAGAACCUCUCCAACACGCCAAGCCAUCAGCUCCCCUUACAGCAACGUUACUAAAGUGGUCCUGCUACAGCCCAACAUCUCUCUCAGUCCUCCAAAUGGAGGGAUGUUUUGGGAACCUCAGGGGCCAGAGGUGACCAGGGGCCACAGCUUCUCCAUCACCUGCUCCAUUCAGCCACAGUAUCCUGGAGGCCUCUUCUAUCUGGACUUCUCUGGGUCCAACAGGACUGAAACUAAGCCAGCAGUCAACCACUCUGCCUNCAGGGGCCACAGCUUCUCCAUCACCUGCUCCAUUCAGCCACAGUAUCCUGGAGGCCUCUUCUAUCUGGACUUCUCUGGGUCCAACAGGACUGAAACUAAGCCAGCAGUCAACCACUCUGCCURCUURCACUURCCUGUUGCAGAGUAUACAGACCAGGGGAAAUACAGCUGCAGCUAUGUAGUCAACGUCUCCACCCYGUCAUUCAGGUCGGCUAAUAGUGAACUAGCUGUCACCAUUAGAGCAUUCAUGGUCCCCAUCAUUGUCUCUGGAGGGACUGGUGGGGUAGCACUGCUGUUUCUGCUUCUUCUAGUCAUCUGUCUAGUCAUCUGGAGGACAAGGAUGAACAGAAAGCCAUCUACAGAGACUGACCAGGGAGAAUGUAUUGACAACAGACACAACAGAGGGGAGGACYACGAAGAGGAAGAGGACUAUGUGAAUGUUGAAAACGUCUGUUGCCAGAGAGGUCUGGAGGGAGUGAAGGGUGCAAAGAAGAAUGAGAAGGAYAAAGGGCAGAGCUAUGGAAAAUCAGAGGAUGUCUAUGACAACGAGGAGGGAAACACUCAAAGAAAUGUUUGCGGGUGUUCGAAUGAGAAAAUGAACAGUGAAGACGAUGAUGAAGAUGAUUAUGUUAAUGUCUCUGCUUAGGACAAUGCUGUAGCACAGGCAGGUGUGUCAGUUGGGUAUAGCUUAAGACCAAAAAUGUAAAAGUAGGCUACAAAAAAAGUUGACUAAAAUCAUUCAAAUCCACCAUUAAAAUGCAACGUCUGUUUAGCGUAUCUAUCGGCUGGCUUUAAGACUAUGCAGCAAUUAGCUCGGAGGGAAGCUGCCAGCCUGUGUACCUUUCGCUCAGCAUCGAGCAGAGACAGUACCCAACAGCUUGCUUCAGGUCAGCUAUUUAGGCAGUUCGUCGAUUGCUUUGAAUUUGAUGUCGACAUUUGAACUUGGCCUUGUAAGCCUCACAGCCACUUUUAUGCACCGGCUACUUAUYUAUUGAUGUCGGCAUAGGCGGCGCAGCCAGUAGGCUAGGGGAAGAUAAGCUUCCCCUAAUGUAAAUAGAAUGACAUUUCCAAACUUAGCUAUAUAAUUACUUGUGCCUUAUACAGAAAUAAUAACAUCAUUACAAAUACCACACCAGAGAAUUUGAUUUGACCAUAGAGAAUCAUUAGCUUCUUUUAAAAAUGAGCUGUUUGUUUUAAAUGAGUAAUUUGGGCAGCAGGRGGCAAAUAGACUACAAAAUAGUUYAUUGUUGAGUUGCAGCAGUCAGUGAAAAGCAGUUUAGUAGGCCUAUAUCAAUAUUUCAAAAUACAAUCAUGGGAAAAACAUAGUUUAGAAAGCAAAUGGCUAUUGCUGAAAAGAAAGGACUCUAGUUUGUCUUCUGAACUCCCAUUUGAGUAAACAGUAGCCUCUUAUUGGCACCAGAGGAGAGCAUCAACCAUAUCCCCAAUGAGUGCACCAUAUUCACUGCCUUUAUCAUUGGAUCCCCCAAAAUUUGGGGAGACAAUUCCCUCCUCCAGGCUAGAUGGAUGUCAUAUUGUCGAAUUUGUGACUCCUUUUUGUAGGCCUAGAUUAGAUAGUUACGUUCAAGACAAGGUCGUUUUUACUCAUCUGUUUGUGUCAGCAGAGUAGGCUACUAAUUUUUGUCGUAUUGAAAAAUGUUGCUUAUUUCUCCAGUCAUAUAAAGUGUAGUAGAAUUUCACAAAAUGUGUUCAGAAAAAGGCAAAAUGUUUCCUGUGCAAAGAAAGGAGAAGAAACGUCUCUGAUUAUGUCAUUGCGCGCUCAGAAAUGCAUUGUUCAGAAUUUUCUGUUUUGCUUACAGUGAUUGAGUUAUGUGGUUAACCUAAAUUAUGACUUUGCAGUCUACUCAUCACAUUAGCAAUAGUAGCCUAUAUUGCAUUAGUCCGCAAAUGCGAUAGUAGAUGCAUGAAACCCCUUUAUUACACUGAACCAAAAUGUAACAAWUUCUAAGAUUUUACUGAGUUACAGUUCAUCUAAGG